AUGAAUUCCCCCCUGGCGGCUCUUCCGCAACUCGCUCUGCACCCAUCCGUGGAGCCAGAACAGCUCGAUGCAGCCAAAAUUGUCAACGAUUGGCUUUCAACUUUCGCAGAAAGUUUGACUGAGGGCCGGAAGGCCGAUAUCCAAGACCAUUUUCUUGAAACGGAGUCAUGGUGGAGGGAUUUUGUUUCUUUUUCGUGGGAUAUCGCAUGUCAUAAUGGAGCCGAGACGAUUUGCAAAUACCUGAGUGCAUCAACGACUGGAUUUGCGGAGCCUAAAGCAAAUCAACCAGGCGCACUGGAACCACAACUGAUGGAUAUGGGGGGACUGCGGUUCAUCCAAUCCGGGUUCGGCUUCAAGAACAACUUCGGCGUCGGGAGAGGUGUUCUCAGGCUAGCCAACGUAGGGCCAGAUCAAUGGAAGGCAUGGACAGUAUUCACUGUGCUUGAAGCUUUGAAUGAACAGAAGGCCAUGGAGCUCCGAAGGAAACAGAAAGCAGAGAUACAGUCUAAUGCUCCCAGUCGUGAAACCCCGCCGUCAAGCACCCAGACCGACGGUAGUCUGCAAGUCUUGGUAAUUGGAGCAGGUCAUUCUGGACUUGGACUUGCUGCACAUCUACAACAUCUCGGCCUCAAAUACCUCGUCGUGGAGAAAGCAUCUCGGCCUGGAGACUCAUGGCAAAGCAGAUACGAAACGAUCAAAUUGCACACUCCUCUCUUCACAGACCACUAUCCAUUCCUGAAAUAUCCGACCAGCUGGCCUCGCUACCUCGAUCAGGAACACAUUGUGAAAUGGAUGGAACACUAUCAGGAUAUCAUGGGUCUCAACGUCAAGCAUAACACCAUCGCGAGUAAGGUUGAGUAUAAUAAAUUGACGCAAGAGUACUCAGUCGAGCUUCAGAGCCAGAAUGGCACACAGAUUAUCAAUGCUAAGCAUGUUGUGUUGGCCACUGGUCCUUUCAGCGAUAUCCCAAUUCAGCCUUCUUUUCCUAAGGAAGCUGCAUUCAAAGGCCAAAUAUACCACACAAUGGCACAUAAGUCAGCCGCCUUGGUACCGGACCUACGAGACAAAAAGGUCACAAUCAUCGGAUCCGGAACCAGUGCGCAUGACGUCGCCCAAGACUUUGUCAAUCACGGAGCAAAAAGUGUAACGAUGGUGCAGCGUGGCGCUAUUUAUGUUACAACUCUCGAUUCAUUGGAAACAAUUAUGCUGUCGCGAUGGAACACUCCAGGAUUAAGCACUGAGGAUGCAGACCUUCUAGGCAACUCUUUGCCAUAUCCUGUUGCUCGCACCCUCAGUGUUGGAGCGUCUCAGAUGAUGUCGGCAAAAGAAAAAGUCAUGUUGGACGGCCUGGAAAAGGCUGGAUUAGCAGUGAAGAGGGGAACUGAAGGAGACAGUCUACUCGACCAUCAGCUCAUCAAGGCAGGCCACUUCUAUAUUGACCAAGGAGCGUGCCAAAUGAUCAUCGACGGGCGGAUUCAGGUUAAGAGAUGUGAAAAAGGCGUGCAGGAGUACUUCCCAGAUGGAAUAGUCUUGGCUGAUGGAACGAAGGUCGAGUCUGACAUUGUUAUUUUAGCAACGGGCUUCGAACUCAAGACCAAAUUGAUUGAGCAGCUCAUGGGUAAGGAUGCUAUGGACCAGUUAGGAGAUAUAUGCGACUUUGAUGACUGUCAAGAACGAAUCGGCGUGUGGAGACCGACCGGUAUGCCGGGAUUCUGGUAUAUGACGGGUAGUUUUAUGUGGUCUAGGCAGUUCGCUCCCCUUCUCGCUUUACAGAUUGCUGCCGUAGAGUGGGGGCUUAACAGCCAAACGUCGAAGUAA